AUGAUACUCGCUGCAUACGUCAGACCCACUUCAAGCUAUGCUCUGGAGCAUGGCAUGCUGGUGUCCCUAUUUUAUACCGUUGUGAUUCCCAUGAUGAAUCCAGUAAUUUACAGAGACUGGCUGCAGAUGAGGGCUAUGCAUUAUCACUCUACUGUGGCUGAGUUUGAUCUGAUGGGAUUCCCAGUUCCUGGGGAGCUACAGAUCAUCCUGUUCUUGCUGUUUCUAGUCAUCUGCCUUUUCACUUUAGUGGGGAACCUGGAAACGGUUCUGCUAAUCAGGAUGGACUCCCAGCUUCAUAACCCCAUAAUCUAUGUGCCUCUCAUCGUUGAUUCGCAUAUUGGUGGCAUCCUGCAUACUAUUUUACAUACAGCUGCCACCUUCAGUUUAUUGUCUGUGGCUCCAAUAAAAUCAGACAUUUUUUCUGUGAUUUCCCCCUGCUUAUCCCUCUCCUGCUCUGAUACGCACACCAACAAACUGUUUCUCUUUAAUUUUGUGAGCUUUAUUGAGGUGGUCACCGUCCUGAUUGUGCUCAUCUCCUAUGGCUACAUCCUGGCUGCCAUCCUGAGGAUCCGCUCCACUCAAGAGAGACACAAGGCUUUCUCAACCUGCACCUCCCACCUGGAGGAAGAGACCAUAUAUCAUAGUAUGAUACUCACUGCAUAUGUCAGACCCAGUUCUAGCUACACUCUGGUGCAUGGCAUGGUGGUGUCUCUAUUUUAUGUCAUUGUGAUUCCACUGUUGAAUCCAUUAAUCUACAAUUUGAGGGAAAAGGAUGUGAAGGAAACCUUCAAAAAAGGAUUAAAAGUUGUCUGGUUCCAGUGA